AUGUUCAACGGAACUAUAUCAGAAGACAUUAGUCAUUUCAAUCUGUUAAUGUACCUCGAUCUGUCUGAAAACAACUUAACCGGACACAUUCCAAGAUCAAUCAGUAGCCUCAGAAAUUUGAAUUUUCUUUUCCUGUACAAUAACAUGAUUACUGGUUUCAUACCCCCAGAGAUUGGAAAUUGUAGUUCUCUAGUCGAAAUCAGGCUUCAACAUAACUUCAUUAGCGGAAAUUUACCUUCUGAAAUCUGUGAACUGCAUGGUCUCAAGGUUUUUCACACGUUCAACAAUCAAAUAGAGGGUCACCUCCCUCAGUGUAUAGAGAGAAUGCAGAGUCUUGAGGAAUUAGCCCUGUAUAAUAAUAGAUUGACAGGCAGUAUCCCUUUCGGAAUUAGUAAUUUAACAAACCUUACUUUCCUUUCUUUAGCUCACAAUGAUCUCAGUGGAGCGAUUCCAUCAGACCUUGGGAAGAAUAACCUUCCCGGUUUAGUUAAGCUGGAUUUAACUGGAAACCGUCUAGAUGGAAGAAUUCCUUCUGGCAUAUGUGCUGGCGAUAGACUCGUAGUUUUGGCACUUGGAAAUAAUAACUUCAAUAGCAGUUUUCCGAAGGAAAUCACGGAAUGCAAGUCUCUAAAUAGGCUGAUUCUUCGUGAUAAUUUUCUGCAAGGGAGCAUACCGGAUGAUAUAGAAAAGAACUCCAGCAUUUCUUACUUCGAUAUUCGUGGCAACUUGCUAGAGGGAAGAAUUCCAAUAAGGUUUGGCUUCUGGAGGAAUCUCUCGAUGAUGGAUCUGUCGGAUAAUAAGUUUUCUGGCUCAAUGCCCAAGGAAUUUGGAAACCUUCAAAAUCUUCAAGUUUUAAGGAUAUCUUCCAACAGACUGACAGGAGAAAUUCCCUGGGAACUGACUCAUUGUCAAAAACUAACAGAAUUAGACCUUAGCAUGAAUAAUCUUUCUGGACGACUUCCUCCGGGGAUCUUAUCGUCUUUUACCAUGAAAAUCAUCAGACUUCAAGAAAACAAAUUUAACAGUGUUAUUCCCGAAUCUUUCUCUAGUAGCCAAACCCUCCAAGAGUUGCAGCUCGGAAAAAACAUGCUAGAAGGUCCUAUUCCGUGCGGUCUCACUAAAAUUCAACAUUUUAGUUCUGUUUUGAAUCUCAGCAUGAAUAAACUCUCUGGAGAAAUCCCCAAAUGCCUCAGCAAUCUCGAUAAGUUAGAGAUUCUUGAUAUCUCAAGCAAUGGUUUCUCUGGUGAAAUACCUUCAGAAGUAAACAACAUGGUAUCGCUUUCAUUUGUCAACAUAUCUUUUAAUCUCCUCUCAGGCAAAAUCCCAGGUUCCUGGGAAAAAAUCCUGGAUUCACAUCCAGGAUCUUCACUUGGAAACCCCGAACUCUGCUUAAUAAGUACCGAAUCUACUAAUUGUGGAAAAAGAGACAGAAAAUCACAUGCUAGAGCAAAAAUCCUAGCCGGGAUAAUUGCUCCAGUCCUGUUACUGGCAUUUCUUCUUGCUGCAGUGUACAUUUUACUGAUUCGCGUACAAAACUCAUCUUUGGCCGAUCAAUCUCUCCUACAUUCUCUAUCAAGAACAGAAGAUUUACCUGAAGACUUAAAUUUCGAGGACAUUCUACAUGCAACAGAACGUUGGAGUGAUAAAUACGUUAUUGGUAGAGGCAAGCACGGGACAGUUUACAGAACACAAUCGGUGAGAACAAGAAAGAACUGGGCUGUGAAGAAAGUGGACUUAUCCGAGACUAAAAUUAGCAUGGAAAUGAGAACUUUAAGUCUGAUCAGACACCGGAAUGUGGUGAGAAUGGAAGGAUACAGCAUCAGAAAUGGAUAUGGCUAUAUUGUGACAGAUUACAUGCCAGGGGGAACUCUUCAUGAAUUAGUACAUCGAGAAAAACCGCGAAUGGCUUUGAAUUGGGAAACUCGUUUUCGUAUUGCUCUAGGCAUUGCUCAAGGAUUAUCAUAUCUUCACCAUGAUUGUGUGCCCAAGAUCAUUCACAGAGACAUUAAAUCAAACAACAUACUGAUGGACUCUGAAUUGGAACCAAAAAUUGGAGAUUUUGGGACAGCGAAAAUGGAUUCUGAUAUUGAUGAAAGCUCAACAGUUUCUGAAAUUGUUGGAACCCUAGGCUACAUUGCACCAGAAAAUGCAUACACAACAAGAUUAACAGAGAAAUGUGAUGUGUACAGCUAUGGAGUUAUAUUACUAGAACUUCUCAGCAGAAAAUUGCCUGUAGAUCCUUCAUUUGAGGAAGGCUUAGAUAUUGCAUCCUGGGUAAGGAAGAAUUCACAGAGUAACUACAGUGAUUUUCUGUCCUGUUUUGACGAAGAAAUUCAAUCCUGGGAUUCAGAAGAGCAAAGGAAAGCACUGGAUUUGAUGGAUAUUGCUAUAAAAUGUACUGAAUUCAUGGCUGAUAGUAGGCCUUCCAUGAGAGAAGUUGUGGGAUCUCUUGUAAGAUGCCCAGAAAACGUAGAUAGAUUGAGAAAGAGACUGUUCAGUUCAUCGCCAAUGUCUGCAAAUACAGAAUCAAACCAUGGGAUCUUCCCAGGUUCUGAAAGUUACAAAAAGAUAGGGGAAUGA